AUGAAGCUCGCCACAACGUUCAUUUUGACUGCUUUCACUCUCCUUUCUUCGCCCAGUACUCAUGCUGGGCCACUUGCGGAGAGGCAAUUGGCGACGCUUUCUCAAGACGAGGCUGGUCUUGGCUUUAGAGACAUCAAUUCUUUCCUUCCUUACAGCCUCUUUGCCAAAACAGGCUACUGUGGCCCUGCAAAGACGCAGAACUGGAAUUGUGGGACUUGGUGCGAGCAACUUCCUGGAUUCACAACCGUCGCUAGCGGAGGUAACGGGGGUGCGAUCCAGAACUGGUAUGUUGGAUACUAUCCAACUUUCUCCUCUGUUGUCGUUGGCUACCAAGGCACCAAUCUAUCCAACAUUGAGGCCAUCCUGACCGACCUCAAUUUUUUCCCUCGCACUCCGUCUCAGUCCCUUUUCCCUGGGCUUCCCUCCUCUGCAAAGGUCCACGGUGGGUUCCUCGACGCGUAUUCAAAAACACAGGCGGCAGUAUUCGCUGGAGUGCAACAGGCGCUGACCACCUUUGGAACCAACAAGGUGCUCCUCACUGGUCAUUCUCUGGGAGGCGCACUGGCGACAAUUUCAGCCGCCAGCAUGAAACUUCGUCUUGGUCCAGACUAUUCCUUCAAAGUCGUCUCUUACAGCUGCCCUCGCAUUGGUGACCGGAAUUGGGUCGAUUGGGUAGACAGCAACUUGGAGGUUACAAGAGUGACAAACAAGGCAUGUUCUAAAGAUCCUGUUCCGAUUCUUCCAGGACGGUCACUAGGUUUUGUCGGAAGCCAGGACGAAAUCCAUAUUCGUGCAUCCGACGAGGCGUGGGUCGUCUGCCCAGGCAACGACUCAGUCGCGGCCGGGUGCACUAUCGCCGACGUUCCAAAUAUCCUCGUCGGCAACUUCACUCAACAUAUUGGUCCCUAUAAUGGGAUUCUGAUGAAUGGUUGCACUUAA